CUCGCGCUUCUAGUUGCCGGGGCAACGGCGUUCUUCGAGGCAGCGGGCUUGGGACUGCUGCAUCUUUAUCUCCACGGAGGCGGGGGGGUGGCGGGAAAGACCCGUCCCCUUCGAGGGGAAGUGGAUGACACUUGGAUGUCAGCGGUGCCAGUCGGUGCCUAGGCGUCCAGCCUUUGUUCCCACCGGGAAGGUGAGGGACUGCACGGACCACGGGCAGAGGAUGUCGAUGGAUGUUAUAAAGGGAAACCUAGAUGGAAUUUCAAAACCAGCUUCUAGUUCAAGAUCACGUCCUGGGAGCAGAAGUUCGAAUACUUCUCUGGAGGUGCUCUCGCCGGAACCAGGGGCCUUCAAGGUUGACAUGGCAAACAAGUUGAAUUCUAGUAAGGAGGGCCAGUCAUCAGACAGUGUGGAAGGAAGAAGAAAUAGCCGUGCCGACGACAAGUGGGCAGGCUGCUCUGAGAGCACAAGACCCGCCCACGAGGGCUCCGCAGAAGACCCGGCCUUGUCUCAACAGAUGGUCCCUGAGCCUUCAGGUGUUCUCGGGGGGCCAGAUGCUCAGCUUCAAAAUGCUAUUCGUAAGAUGCACAGACUUGAUAAGAUACUGGCCAAAAGACAAUGCAGAGAAAAGGAAGUUAAAAAGCAAGGUGCAGAAAUGAGAAUGAAGUUGUGGGAGGAACUCAAGUCUGCAAAAAAUACUGAAGACUUGGAAAAUGAUGAAGAGUUGGAUAACACAAAAAGAUUUUUGUGUCUGACUUCGAAAUCUGCAGCUGGAGAGCCAUUAUGCUGCGAUUCUGAAGACACCUUUUUCUCCGUAUUUCAUACUCAGAUUCCUCUAGAAAAUUAUGAAAAUUGCAUGCAGACUAUCAAGAAAGAUUUUACCUGUGAUGUGGAAAAAAAUGAGCCACUGAUCAAAACAGAAAAGAAACCCCUUUCCAAUACAGAAAAGAUUGAGCUUAGGAGGAAGCCCAGCCAGGACUUUAUUAAGCGGAACAUUGAGUUGGCCAAGAGUUCAAGAAGCCCAGUGGUUAUGAUUGACAGAGAGAGGAAAAGGCUGGAUGAACUCUUGAAAGGCCUGGAUGAUACAGAUUCGGGACUGUCCAGUUCUGAGAGUGAUCAGUGUGGUUGGCUGGUCCCAGGAGAAGGCUAUACCCUUGCAGCCACUGAGUCUCAGCAGCUUGCUCAGAUUGACACAAAACUCCAGGAAUUCUCUGUGGUCUCGCCAACCGUCUUCAGCCUUUAUCCAGGACUUGAGAGUCAGAGCGAUAAGGAAGCUGACCCCGACGAAGAAAGAAAUACGGAGCCAACCCCAGGAGAAAAGAUACUCCAGGACAGCAAAGAGCAAAGGGACCAGCAGUCUCGGCUGAGAGCCAUUGAUGGGAAGCUGAGAGAAAUCAAUGAACAGCUAAACUCCACAUUACGUCUCUCUGAGGAACAGCUCAAGUGUCUCCUGGAUGAGUGUGUAUCCCAACAGAAAUGCACCCCUCUUGGUCUUUCUUCUGAAAGAGAAGACAAAGAUGUUGAUACAGCACUUGGGCCCCCACAGCUUUGCCCACCCACCCUCUGUGCGUUACUAGAUGAGUCCGAAGCCAAGGUCCAGAAAACCCAGCUUGAUAAUGCAAACAGGCCCGAGAAGGAGGGAUGCGGGUCUUCUGUAGGCUCCUAUCUCACCAAAGCCUUGGCUGGGCACUACAAAUCAGAAGCUCUCAUCAUUGAAGUGGAGACCAUGAAAUGCCUCCAGUUCUCCAAGGAAGGGACUUUCGAUGAUGCAGCAGACUAUUUUAUGUCAAAGACCAUUGGCAUUGGAAGACUAAAAAAGCCCCCUUUCUUGGAUGAUCCCCUGGAUGACAUCAAUGUGGACUCCUCCUCAGAUGACCAACAGCUGAAACUCAGCCAUCCAGAGAAACCAGCAGUAGGCUCAAAAUCGGAGUCAAUAUUGAGUUGGAUAAUAUUACAGAAGGAACAGUCAAUGCUGGCGAGAUGGGAGGUGGAAUUAAAGGUCAGCCCCCAAGGGUGAACCGCUCUUCACUGGGUGGGAUUUGACCACUGCACAAGAGAAGGACUCAAAUUUACAAAGCACAGGGAAUGCAUGUCCCUUCCUUAUCUGUCCCAGCUCCCUCUAUGUCCUGGUUUCUCCCCCCACCCCCAGCUUGGGCAUAUACCUAGGAGUGGAAUUGCCAGGCCUAUGGUAACCUUUUGAGGAACUGACAGACAGUUUUUAAUCACAUGUCCUACAGCUUUCCCCGAUUCCUCUUUUAUUGUCUUCUCUUACUUGAUUUCACUGUGGUCCUACCUUGUUUGCUAACUUUUCUAUCGAAGGUAGAAAAAUAUGCUCCAUUGGUGGAACAAUUCUUCCCCCUCUCUUUUAAGAGGAAAAAGGCGAUUGGCUUCAUCUGUCCUCCAUGGAGCAUUUACUUUUGGCUUCCGCCUACUCCUCAGAAACUUAGUAGAAAGCAAAAAGGUAAUUUUGAUGUCUUCCCCUAAAUCUUCAGUCUUUCAGCCUCUGUAGUUUUCUGAACUAUAACUCCAGUGAAGACAGACACCUUGUUUUUCCCUGUGGACUUGUCUGCAGGUUGUGGUGAGUGUUCUAUCAUAGCAAAUAGGCUGUGGUCAUUGUAUUAUACAACAGAAUGAAAUACCUAAUGCUUAAUAGGCUGAAUGAUUUUUCUUAAUUAUGUGUGUGCUUCUGAUUGAUGAUUUUUCUUAAUUAUGCAUAUGUUUCUGAUUGUAUAAUCACUGAGAUUAUUUUGUUAGCAGAUGAACAGGAGACUGGAGAUGCUGUGGAUGAACCAGAAGAAUAUGAAGCAUGACGAUCUGGGGU